AUGGACCCGCCGGCCGCGCCCCCGGGCUCCCCGGCCCCGCCGUCGGGGCGGCGGCGGCGGCGGCCGCUGGAGCGCGGGAAGCCGCCCUACUCGUACAUCGCGCUCAUCGCCAUGGCGCUGGCGCACGCCCCGGGCCGCCGCCUCCCGCUGGCCGCCAUCUGCCGCUUCAUCUCCGAGCGCUUCGCCUUCUACCGCGACGGCCCGCGCCGCUGGCAGAACAGCAUCCGCCACAACCUGACGCUCAACGACUGCUUCGUCAAGGUGCCCCGCGAGCCGGGCAGCCCGGGCAAGGGCAGCUACUGGGCGCUGGACCCCGCGGCCGCCGACAUGUUCGAGCACGGCAGCUUCCUGCGGCGCCGCCGGCGCUUCAAGCGGCAGCCGCUCCCGCCGCCCGCUUUCGGCGCGCCCCCCCGCCGCCUGGGGCCGCCUCCGGAGCCGCUGCUGGCCGCGUUCGGCCCGCUCAGCCCCGCCGAGCCCUACCCGAGGUCUCCGGGCUUCGCGCCCGCGCUGGAGCGCUACCUGUGA